UGUACCCUCCUGGGCGUCGGGCGGUGAGGUUGGCAUCCUUAGUGCCAGAGAAGAUCCUGCGGCGGCUCCUUUUGGCACUCCUCCUCACCUGGUGCCUCAAGACUGCCAGAAGGAACUUGGACUGGAGGUCGAGGGAAGCGCUGUUCGUCUCGGGAGUGAACACGCUGCCACACAAUGCUAAGAUGCACUACAAUGUUGCCAAUCUGUACAAGGAUGAGGCCAAACAAGAGAAAGCUAUUCUGCAUUACGAAGAAGCUAUCAGACUAUGGUGGAGCUACCCAAGUGCCCACAACAACCUUGGCACCAUUCUCAUGCAACAGGGCAAGUACCAAGAGGCGGAAUGGCACUUCUCGUUGGCACUGCAGAGCCAUCCAGAGCAUUUUCCGGCGCGAGGAAUCUGGCGUCUCUUUGGGUAA